AUGUCAAUGACCGUGUCUGACUGCACCCAAGUCCGGCCGGGAUUUCCCCGUCCUUCUCCGGACACACCCUCCAAUGUGUUGGAGCAAUUCAAGAUGUCAGGCAAGGUGGUGGUGGUGACCGGGGCGGCGGAUGGUAUUGGCCAUGCUGUUUCAGAGGCCAUGGCAGAGGCUGGUGCCAAUGUGGCCAUGUGGUAUAAUUCGAAUGAUGUGGCUGUCAAAAAGGCCGAGCUGCUGGCGCAGGCCCACGGGAUCAAAGCCGUCCCAUAUAAAUCUCCGACUCUGAACAAAGUGAAGAAAGCCAUUGAAGAGGUCGUUCGUGACUUUGGACGAAUCGAUGUCUUCAUUGCCAACGCGGGAAUGGCGAUAUCCAAACCAAUCCUAGAGCAAAAGCUAGACGAAUAUCGCAAACAAAUGUCCGUCAAUGUCGAUGGCGUCGUCUUCUGCGCCAAAUACGCCGGCGAGGUCUUCCAGUGUCAAGGCAGCGGCAACCUCAUCAUCACAUCUAGUAUGAGUGCGCACAUUGUCAAUGUUCCAACUGACCAACCUGUCUACAAUGCAACCAAGGCAUAUGUCACCCAUUUCGGAAAGUCCUUGGCUCAGGAGUGGCGGGAAUUCGCACGGGUCAAUAUCGUCUCUCCGGGAUUUUUUGAUACUAAGAUGGGGGCAAGCCCUUUGGCAAUCAAUGAGGCGUACCGGAUGGCAGCGCUGGGACGCCAGGGUCAUACCAAGGAGAUCAAGGGGCUAUAUUUGUAUCUGGCCAGUGAUGCUUCCACGUAUACGACGGGAAGUGAUGUGCUGAUG